AUGUCUGUCAGCAAUAUUUCAUUCAGAAGAACAGUUAAUGAUCACACUCUUAAUGGUGGUGUCCAUGCUUCUAAUGAGGGGGAUGUAGAUAAUGGAGUUGAGGGUGACGGACAUGAAGAUGGUGAUAGUGAAGUUGAAGGUGGUGAAGUUGAAGGUAAAGAUGGUGAAGUUGAAGGUGAACAUAUUGCAACAGAGGAUGGUGAUGAGGAUGAAAUUGACAGUGACUUUGUUGACAACGAUUAUAGUCUAGAUGAGGAUGAGAAUGAGAACAUUGGGAUAGGAGAUGAUGUUUAUGAUCCAUUGGCUGCAACAACUAAAAUAGGACACCGUGAAUAA